GGUGGUCAAAGCCGAGAGAAGCGGCUGACUCUCGUAGCAAUUAUUUCUAAUAAACACUUUGCAUUGCCCUGGACUAGUGAAAUCAAAGAGUGGCGGUCCGUCAACGGCGGGGAUUACAGAGGCUUGAGUUGGGGUCGGGAGAUAACGUGCUCAUCGCAGACCGUCCGAAGCCCUGCAGAUUCUGUAGAAGAAUGGCUGAAGGAAGCAGAGAUUAAUUAUGUGGGACUGAAUUUGCACUCAGUGGGCCCACUUCCCUCCACAAUGGCAGCAUCCUCUGCCUAUCAAACCAAGCCGUCCUCAGAAGCCGGGCCCAACAGCAGCACCAGCCUAAUCAAAGACGAGUGUGAGUCCGAGGAACCAAGCAAGAAACUCAAGGUUGAUCACGAGCACAGAGCCAGUGAGAGCCACCAAAAAGUAGACUUCUGGUUCUGUGAGGAGUGCAAAGAGUAUUUCUUGGAGGAAUGCCCCAACCAUGGUCCUCCGGUCUUUGUGCCAGACACACCAGUGGCACUGGGGGUGCCCAACCGGGCUGCCCUCACAGUGCCCUUGGGAAUAGAGCUCGUCCGGGAGGAGGAGGAGGUGGAUGUGUGCUGCAUAGAUGCGGGCAUCCCCAAGGGGGCGCUCUUUGGCCCAUAUCAGGGGGAGCUGGUGUCUAAGGACUAUUCCUCAGGGUUUUUCUCUUGGAUGAUCGUUGAUGAGAACAACACAUACAAAUCCAUUGAUGGCAGUGAUGAAACUAAAGCCAACUGGAUGAGGUAUGUACGUAAUUCGUCGGAUGAGAAUGAGAGGAACAUGACUGCGUUCCAGCAUGGAGAACACAUAUAUUUCCGUGUGUGUCGGCAGCUGUCAGCAGGAGAGAAGCUCCGUGUGUGGUACAGCGAUGACUACAUGAGACGGCUGCACAGUGUCUCGCAGGACAGCAUUGACCACAACCUGGACACAGGGCUGUUGACUGUUGAGAAAUCCGAGGCCCAGGAGGAGACCAAAGGACCCGUGCUCAGGUCAGCUCUGCAUGGCAGGUGCAGCCUCAGCAAGCACACCAGUGAGGAGGGGGAUGGCCAACCACAGGCCAAGAAGAAAAAGAUCGACCUCAUCUUUAAAGAUGUCCUUGAAGCCUCUCUGGAGGCCUCCAAGAGCCAGGAAAACCCCCUGAACAGCACCUUCUCCAUGAAGCGGACCAGAGCUCAGCACGUCACGCUCACUUCCCAGAGUGGGGAGUCCUAUCUGGCUCACGAGAAAUGCAAAGUGGCUGGUCUGGGCCUCCACCCAUCAGAGCACCUAGAGGGGGGCUUUAAUGUUCGGUGUCUAAAGAUGGAGGAUUCCGAAGACGACCCUGGUCACAUUCAUGAGGAGCCUUCUACCUCGUUCUGCCCCAACUGUGUGAAGCUGAAGAGGAGGAUUCGGGAGCUGGAGGCAGAGGUGAUUCGUCUGAGGGGAGGAGAGCAGGUGGAGGUACCACCCCACUCUGAGCUGGCACCAAUAGAUGAGCUCCAAGCAGCUGAGGCCAUGACCCCUAUUCCUGUGGUGCUAGAUGAGGAUGAUCAGGAUGUGGACUCUGCAGAUGAGUCCAUCACUGCUGACCUCAUGGUGGCUGCUGACGACUCCUCCAAGCUGUUGGCUGGGCCUGGCCGACGGAUACGCCGCUUCAAGCAGGAAUGGCUCAAGAAGUUCUGGUUCCUGCGCUACUCGCCAACGCUCAACGAGAUGUGGUGUCAUGUCUGCCGCCAGUACACCGUCCAGUCCUCACGCACCUCCGCCUUCAUCAUUGGCUCCAAGCAGUUCAAGAUCCACACUAUCAAGCUGCACAGCCAAAGCAACCUGCACAAGAAGUGCCUGCAGCUAUACAAGCUCCGCAUGCACCCAGAGAAGACUGAGGAGAUGUGUCGUAACAUGAUGCUGCUGUUCAAUGCUGCCUACCACCUGGCCCUGGAGGGCCGACCCUUCUCAGACCUGCGAGCGCUGGCUGAGUUGCUCAAGAAGUGCGAGCUCAAGGUGGUCGACCAGUACAUGAACGAAGGUGACUGCCAGAUCCUCAUCCACCAUAUCGCCAGGGCACUUAAGGAAGAUCUGGCGGAGAGGAUACGCCUGUCGCCCUUCCUCAGUGUCAUCAUGGACGGGCAAAAUGAUGACUUGCUGUCAGACACCGUUGCCGUCUAUGUGCAGUUCACCACCAGUGAAGGACCCCCUGCCACAGAGUUCCUCUCCCUGCAGAGGCUGAGCGUUAGCAGUGUGGAUGGCUACCUCCAGGCCAUCGAUCGGGCCUUUGCUGUGCUUGGUCUGAAGCUUCAGGACAUGCUGGUGGCUGGUCUGGGGGUCGAUGGCUCCAACAUCUCCUCCAGUUUGAGAGCAAAUCUGUACAUUGCUGUACGGAAGACACUCCCCUGGAUCCUCUGCUUGCCGGUCAUGAUCCAUCGUCCUCACCUGGAGGUGCUGGAUGCCAUCAGUGGGAAGGAGCUGUCCUGCCUGGAGGACCUUGAGAACAACCUGAAGCAGCUGCUGAGCUUCUACCGGUACUCCCCUCGCAUGAUGGCCGAGCUCAGGUCUACCGCCCCCACACUGUCUGAGGAGACAGAGUUCCUGGGAGAUAUUCGAGCCAUCAGCUGGAUUAUAGGAGAGCCAAACGUCCUGAAUGCCCUUAUCAAAGAUUACCUGGAGGUGGUGGCACACCUCAAGGAUAUCAGCAGCCAAACGCAGAGGGCAGAUGCAGCAGCCAUCGCCUUGACCCUACUUCAGUUCCUCAUGGAUUACCAGUCUGUCAAGCUAAUAUACUUUCUCCUUGAUGUCAUCGCUGUCCUUUCGCGCCUGGCCUUCAUCUUUCAGGGGGACUACCUGCUGGUGUCUCAGGUAGACGCCAAGAUCGAAGAGGCCAUCCAUGAGAUCGGUCAGCUGGUGGACUGCCCUGGGGAGUAUCUGCAGGAGUUUGAGGAGAACUUCCGCGAAAGCUUCAAUGGCGUAGACCUGAAUAACUUGCGCGUCGCCGAGUCCAAGUUCCAAUCCAUCCGCGAAAAGAUCUGCCAGAAGAGCCAGGGCAUCUUGUCCCAGCGACUCGACAUGCACAGCCGCACGGUGGUCAAGGCGUGCCGUGUGCUCGACCUCACCACCUGGCCACGCAACAGGGAUGAACUACGAGCCUUCGGGGAGGAAGAGAUCCUGCUCAUCUUUGACCACCUUGAAGCGAUCCCCUCGGCUGUCCGGGAGGCGUCGCGGGACAGAACAGACGCUCGGGGCAGCCUGCUGGUGGAGUGGAGGGACCUCAAAGCCGACUACUACAGCAUGAAUGGCUUCAAGGAGGUGGUCAGUCAAAUCUCCAGGCACAAGCAGCGCUUCCCUCUGCUUAACCGCAUACUCCAAGUUGUCAGGGUCUUGCCCACUUCCACUGCCUGCUGUGACAAAGGCCGGGGGUCCCUGCAGAAAGUGCGCAAGAACAACCGCUCAAGGCUGACGCUGGACCAGAUGAAUGACCUACUGACCCUUGCAGUCAACGGGCCGCCGAUAGCAAACUUCGAUGGCAAGCGACCAUUGGACAGCUGGUUUGAAGAGAAGUCUGGCAACAGCUAUUCACUCUCAGCCGACAUGCUGACUAGAAUGUCGGCUAAUGAACAAAAGUAUGUUCUGCACAGCAUGGAUGUGAACACAGAGUUCUACCCUGAUAUUUGACUGAUGAGGGCCAGGGCUUUACUUCACUUUAUUCCAAAAGCCAUCCCGGAGGGGGAGGGGUGAUCUGGGCUAUAAUGUGAUUGGCCAUAAAAGUGUGCAAUGGCCCUGCUGCUAAAAUGGCCUGAUCAGCAUCACUUUAGAAAAUGGAAACAUAGCUAGUAGAGUUGUACUUCUGUUGAGCACACAUUUAUGUCAAGCUCAGGAGGCAAAGCUGGUCUUAAAAGGCAAGACGGCAAAUCAGCGAAGUUGACUUAGUGAAAACAAUCAGUUUGUAUGAGUGUUGAAUUUAAAGUAUGUAUAACAUAUACCACUUAUUUAGAGCAUGUGCUGAUCACUGGUAUCAACUCUGUUGUUCGAGAUGACCAUUAUCAUUUAGUGGGGCUUUUAAAAUCUGCUGCAACACAUUAUUUGGGAAAUGCCAUAGGUUAAUAGCUCAAAAGUAUAUGUUUUUUGUAACAAUGCAAAUUAUUUCUCUUUCAAACAAGUCUUUGAUUUCUAUACAUUUACUAUAAUGUAAAUGUUUGUUUGGCUUAUUAAAUGUUUGGUUCAUAUGACAUUGAAUGAGAUUGUGCCAUAAGAGCAUAUUGCAAGUUGAUAAAGUCUUGAUAAAGUGAAAGUUCACAACUAACCAAGGUGCUAUGCCACACAUCGUCACAAGAGAUUAUAUGGUUUGUUUAAAUGUUGUUUUGUACAGGUAUAUACUGCUAUGGUGAUUGAUAUUUCUAUUGUGGCUUUUAUAGGUCUUAAAAGAUUCCAUCGGGAGGAAUGUAUUCUUUUUAAAUUGCCUAAACAAAUGUAGGCCUAUAUUAUUCAUUAUAAAGCGGGUAGUUUGGAUGCUGAUUGGCUGAAAGGUGUGGUAUAUCAGACAAUAUACCAUGGGUAUGAUGCAAAAUUACUUGUUUA